CGUGUUCACCUAACCUCUCAGUUUCAUUUCUUGACUCUCGGUAGGGGGUUCUCCCGCGUCAUCCAUCAUCCUGUUGCCGUCUGGGGUUUAGGGGUUUUCUCCACCACCGUCCGCCGCCGCUACCACCAGCACCACUUCUUCGGCUAAUGGAUGAUUUUCAAGCAUUUUAUUGGAUGCCGAUUUUAUGAACAUUUGUUUUGAAGAAACUCAAUAGCAGCAGUAAUGGCGUCCUUGUCAUCGUGCUGUGGUUGGUCAUUAUCCACGAUUAAUGUCAGCAGUAACAGACGACAACUUAACAGUGCUUCAAUUAGAGCAACAACUACUUCAUAUGCUUCUAUUUUGUUACCAUCAUCAUCAUCUAGGUCUUCACUUGUUGUCUCUUAUCAUCAUGUCAAUCCCAACAAUUUGGGAAUUUCUCCCUGUGUUUAUUCUUCCUCGUCCAUGUCAAAACCGUUUCUGCCUUUUCCACCAUUCUUUGAUAAGAUGAAUUCACUAUUCAAAAUCAACACUACUACCACCACCUCUUCAGAAACAAAAUCAAUUAUUAGUAAUUCUUCGCCUCAAUUUGAAUUGCAACUUAAUGAUGGAGGAGGGAGUGGAAACAACAACAACAAUAACAACAAUGGGGACAAUGGGAGCAAUGAGAAUGACGAUAACAAACAUGGUCGGGAUCCCUCUGUCUUUAUCAUGUCCAUCUUGGGUUGUUUUUGGGCUUUCCAAUUUACUUGGGCACUUGCAACCAUUGCUGACAAAGAGGAAGAUAAUGCUAUUUGGGAAGUGAGAGGUGGAAAGUGGAUCAGACUCCUCCCCGACCCUUCGCAGGAUGCCUUUAUCAUUGCUUCUGAUGACGAAACCAACUUGUCCUUUAAGUCUUUAGCGCAUCUCGGUUUCAUCAAUUUCUUUCAGUCUCAGUGCAGACAACUUUUUAUCCGGCUUAUGCUUCCAGAGGGUUAUCCCAGCAGCGUCAGCAACGAUUACCUGGAGUACUCUCUAUGGAGAGCUGUCCAAGGCAUUGCUAGUCAAAUCAGCGGUGUCCUGUCUACCCAGGCUUUACUUUAUGCCGUUGGGUUGGGGAAAGGUGCAAUACCAACAGCAGCUGCAGUGAGUUGGGUACUCAAGGAUGGAAUUGGGUAUCUAAGCAAAAUAUUAUUGUCCAAGUAUGGACGCCAUUUCGAUGUGAAUCCAAAGGGCUGGAGGUUGUGUGCGGAUCUCUUGGAAAACACUGCUUAUGGACUGGAGAUUCUGACUCCUUCAUUUCCUCAUCUCUUUGUUUUCAUUGGUGCAGCUGCUGGAGCAGGUCGAUCAGCUGCCUCUUUGAUUCAGGCUUCUACUAGGAGCUGUUUCUAUGCAGGAUUUGCUGCUCAGAGGAAUUUUGCAGAGGUAAUUGCCAAGGGAGAAGCUCAAGGGAUGGUGAGCAAGUCAAUCGGUAUCAUGCUUGGUAUAGGGUUGGCUCACUGCAUUGGCUCCUCCACGUAUUUUGCCUUUGCUUCCUUUUUUGUGGUGACUGGGGUCCACAUGUUCUGCAAUCUCAAGUCAUAUCAAUCAAUUCAAUUAAGGACACUCAAUCCCUAUCGUGCAAGUUUGGUCUUCAGCGAGUAUCUUUUGACUGGCCAAGUUCCUCCUGUUAAAGAGGUUAAUGAUGAGGAACCACUCUUUUCGGGACUGCAGCUUAUCAAUGUUAGCCUCAUGUCUAAAGACACUUCUCAAGCAGAACCGCAGUUAUUAUCUGGCGAAGCCAAGGAUGCUGCAGUUCAAAUUGAGAAGCGACUGCUGCUUGGCUCCAAGCUUAGUGGAGUUAUCAACAGCAAGGAAGACACACUAGCCUUGUUUGAUUUGUACAAAGAUGAAGGGUACAUAUUGACAGAGCAUGAAGGACUAUACUGUGUGGUACUUAAAGAGGGCUCCUCACCACAAGACAUGCUCAAAUCGUUGUUCCAUGUCAAUUAUUUAUACUGGCUUGAGAAAAACGUCGGGAUUGAGGCUAAGAGUGCUGCAGAUGACUGUAGACCAAGCGGAAAGCUGCAAAUAUCAUUAGAUUAUGUGAAUAGGGAAUUCGACCAUGUUAAACAUGAUGGGACUACGGCAGGUUGGAUCACUGAGGGACUCAUUGCUAGGCCAUUACCUAACAGGAUUCGUUUAGAAAAUUGUGGUGCCUCUGAGUGAAGGUAAAACCCUUGGAAGCAGGUUAUUCAAUGUAUAUCUGGGCAUUUCGGAAAGAAGGAGUGGCUUUUCUGGUUGUUAAGGUUUCAGGGUCAAUCUUUUCACACACGGCAUCUUUGUUUAAAAUGUGCAUUGGCUAAACUUGGAGAAAGGCGGGCAAGUGGGUGCUGUUACACCAUCCAUCUGAGAACCAAGAUAUGGAUGACCGGGCCUAAUUGAAAAAUGGCACUGUUGUAUAAAAUUUAGAGGACCACAAAGUAUUCAAAUUCAAGUUUGCGAUUUUUUAACUGGUGGGUCAGAGAGCAAUCGUGUAUGGCUCAUAAUCUUACAUACAUACACGAUUGGCGUCUUAAUUGGUGCCAUGUAUCUUAUUCUGAUUACCAGAACAGAUACAUUUCUGAAUUGAAAUUGAAUUGGUGGUUAUACUGUAAACAACUGUUAGUGUUGUGUUGUGCACAGGACGAAGAUAUUUUCAUUUAAAAAAAAAAAAA